AUGAUGGGCUCGGCGCCCCACUUCCGCGGGUGGGACACCGAGCAGAGGGCGAUGGUGGCGGGCGCGGAGGCCCGCCUACGGGAGUAUCGGCGCAUGCUCCCCGGCGGAGACCUGGCGACGUCCUUGGAUGGGAGGUUCUGGGACGCGGUGGUGGUGACCGCCGCGAACGAGGGGCAGGCCGGCGUGUAUCGCGCGCAGCUCGACCAACUCCACUCGCGGGGACAGCUUCCCGGCGAGCGCACGCGUUACCUCGUCGUGCCCGACCCCCCCGGCCCUCGCGUGGGCAGCGGAGGCGCGACGCUUCACGUGAUGCUCAGGCUGCAGGCGGACGUCGGACCGUGCUGGAGGCGAAGCCGCAUCCUCCUGCUUCACGCGGGCGGGUACAGCGAGCGAUCGCCGGCGCACGGCACGCUGGGCAAAGCCUUCGCGCAGCUACCCAUGGACGCCGCGAACAUGGGAGCCCCCGCGACGAUGCUCGAGGCGCAGCUCGUCUACCUUCAGGAGCUCCCCGCGUCGUUGCCCCCCGGGGUGUUCAUCUCAGCCGCGGAUGUGGUGCUCCAGAUGCCAGCGCUGGCGCCCCUCGACGAGACCACGGCGGAGAGGGCGUCGCACGGGAUCCUCGCGCUGGCACACGCGAGUACCGUCGCCACCGGCAGGUCCCACGGCGUCUUCGUCUGCGACAGGCACGAGCUCGUGGAGCUCAUACGUCAAAGCGCGGAUGACGAGUCGAGGGGCAAGGAAAAUCGAGCCGAGCCGAUGGAUAAAAACCAAACCGAAACCGCCGCUGAACACGCCGGCGUGAUCGAGUGCGUGAGGUGCCUCCAGAAACCCUCCGACGCGGAGAUGCGCGCUGCGGACGCGGUCCUACCCACCCCCGCGGGCAUGGGCUUACCCGGCGGCGGCGGCGGCGAGUGGGUGCUGACCGAUUCGGCGUACCACCUCGGGUGGCGCGCGUGUGACGCGUUGGUAAAACUCGCGGCGUCGCACCCGGAGGCGUUGGCCGGGGUGGAGAUUUGCGCCUACGGCGACUUCAUGCAGCCCAUGGGAAGGGACCCGGACCCGAGCGCGGCGUACAUGCGGCGCGUGGACCACGUCGCGAGCGUUACGAGCGUUACAGCGUCCGGGUCCGGGUCCGGGUCCGGGUCCGGCUCGAUCGAUUCGUCGACGCUCAAAGGGGAUCGACUUCGCCGCGCCAGGCAGCUGGUGGCUGCGUGCGUCGCGGGUAAGCCGCUGCUCAUACGGCCGAUGCUGCCGAGCAGGUUCGUGCACGUGGGCACCAUGCCCGAGCUGCUCGAGCACACCGCGGUGGACGCCAACGUUCUCGCGGCGUAUCCCGCGGCGCACGCGGGGACGCAUCUGGGCACGUGGGACAGCGGCAUGAUGGACGCCGCGGGCUUCGGCGCCAGUCGCAAGUCGAUCGGCGCGGACGGCGUCUGGGGAUCCGGUCGGUCCUCGGGCCCCGGCGCGUGCAUGCUCGCGUCGCACGUCGCGAUGGGCGCGAGGGUCGGCGCCGGAUCGCUCGUCGCGCACUGCGACGUCGGCGCCCUCGCCACCGUGGGAGCGGGGUGCCUUCUACACGACGUGGACCUACCCGCCGGGGUGGUGGUGCCCGCGGGGGUGUUCAUGCACUGCGUGCCCCUGAACGAGGCGGCCGCGGUGGGAGCUGGAGUGGCGGUCGGGGCGGCCGCCGGGGGCGCGCGCUGUUGGACCUGCGUCGUCAUGGACGUCAAGGACGAAGUCAAGAGCGCGACGGGCAGCACCCUGCUCGGGGUACCCGUCGCGGAGGCUGCGGCGAGGCUCGGGCUCGACGCGACCCCCGGCGGCGCCGUGUGGGCCGAGGGCGAGGCGCAGACGACGACGUUGGCGCGUCUGUUCCCCGUGCGAGCCACGCAGCAGGACGCCGCGAUCGCCGCGAUCGAGCUGCUCGCGAGGGUCAGGGGAGUCCCUCCGGGCACGCCGGGUAGGCGCGCGGGGGGCGCCGGGGGGUUUGGGUCCGUGGGUUCCAAGAGGUCCGACGCGCCCGCCGCCGCGGAUGACGACGGCGGCGGCGGUUUGCGGGUGUCGGUGAGCGAGGCGCUCAGGGUUCUCGCCGACCACGCGGCGAUGAUGCGACGCAGGGGCGAGCUCGGGAGUAAGAUCCUCGGUCCGAUUGUUCGGCAGAUGGUGCGGAAGGAGUACGCGGCGGACACGUGGCUCGAUCGCGCGCCUCCGCUUCGAUCGUUCAUCGCCGGACCGAACGACUGCGCGGCGACGGCGACGGCGACGGCCCUACAGCUGGUCUCCCUCGCUCACUCGUACGAUCGCGCCAGACGAGCGUCGAGGGUGGAGCGAGAGGGGGGGCCCGGCCGGGCGGGGGCAAGCGGGGGCAAGCGAGAGGGGGGCGGCGACGACGACGGCGGAUCGCCCGGUCCGUCGAGGCGCGAGCUCCUCGCCGCGGGACGCGUCGCGCUCGCGCUCGCGCCGCGCGAGGGAGCGCCGGGCUCGGAGGCGGCGGAGGCGGCGGCGCGGCGGUGCCUCCGAGCGGCGGUGGUUUCGCCCUUUGCCCGCGCGGCGCCGCUCUUCGGCAGGCCCGCGGCGGAGGCGGCGGAGAAGGCGGCGUUCUUCGCGUCGGUCAUGAGCGUGCUCGGGGGUGGCGGCGACGACGAUCCCGGCGAGGCUCCCCUACCGCCCGCGCCCGCCGCGGCGGCGGUGUCGAGGCUCGAUAAGAUGGCGGCGGUGCGAGCCGAGUAUCCCGCCAGACUCAACCUCGCGGGCGGUUGGACGGAUACGCCGCCGUACUCCCUCGAGCGCAGGGGCGUCGUGCUUCACGUCCCCGUGCUCACCGCGUACUGCGGCGACGACGGGACGGUCGGGUCCCCGCCCGACGGCGCGCCACCCCUCCGCAGGCCCAUCUCGGCGACGGCGUCGCGGCUACCGGGCAAACCCGGUUUGGUCCGGCUGGUUUCUGAACCAGGGCCUGGCGUUCCCGGUCGGAGGGAGGAGCUGCGAAGCGUUGGGGAGCUGCUGCGAUGCGACGAUCCCUCGCACCCGUUCGCGUUGCACCGGGCGUGCGUCGCGCUGACCGUGGCGCAGCGCGCGGCGGCGGCGGGCAGCGUGUCCGACGUGUGCGCACACGCGUCGUCGAAUACAUCGUCUAAGACGUCGGACACGCCCGCUCGCCGGGACGGGCCCGAGAGCCUCGAGGAUUUACUCACGCGGUUCCUCGGCGCGCCGGGCAUGGGACUGGAGCUUCGCACGAGGGUCGACCUGCCUCGCGGCUCGGGUCUCGGCUCGAGCUCCGUGCUGGCGCUCGCGGCGAUACACGCGAUGCACGAGUUGAGCACGGGGUGCGAGUGGCGGCCGUCGUUGGGCGACGCGGCGUGGGCGGGCGCGUCCGCGGUCGUCGUUCCCCCUUGGUCGGUCGUCCCCGCCGAGCCCGCGGCGGCACCCGCGGCGGCAGAUGAGGCGACGGAUGAGGCACCCGCCGAGGAAGCCGACGGCGAGGGCGGCGGCGAGGGCGGCGGCGAGGGCGAGGAGGCAGCGGCGGCAAAAAAAGCGGAGGAGGAGAAGAAGGAGAAGGAAGCGAGAACCGCCGCCGCCGCCGCCGCCGCCGCCGCCGCCGCCGCGCAGAAGAAGCAGCGCGAGGACAGCGCGGCGGCGCAGACCAAAUCGCGACCGCCGAUCGCCUGGCCGACCGCGCGCGACGCCUUCAACGCGGUCCUCGCCGUCGAGCAGCUGAUGACCACCGGCGGCGGGUGGCAGGACCAGGCGGGCGGCGCCCUGGUCGGCAUGCGGCUCACCAGCGCCGCGAGCGCGGACCUCGGGGAGGCGCACGAGGCGCGAGGGAUGGCCUCUCUACCGGACUACGAGGUACGCGUCGCGCGGUUGCCGCCCCCCGCGGCGGCGUACCUGUCGAGGCACGUCGCGUGCGUGUUCACCGGAGCGGUUCGGCUCGCGGCGACGGUGGCCAAAGGCGUCGUGGACGCGUGGCAGCGGCGCGCCCCGGGCGUCGAGGAGGCCCUUCGCGCGUGCGCCGCGAUGGGAAAGGACAUGACCGACGCCUUCGACCGCCUGGGGAGCCUCCCUACCGCGGCGUUCGUCGGAGAUGGAAGCCCGGAAGCGCGCGCCGAGCUCGAAGCGGUGGGGUCCAUCCUGGAGCGGCACAAAGUGUUGCAGGAGCGGCUGUGGCCGUCGAUCAACUCCCCCGCGGUCGCCGCGCUGUACGCCGCGGUGGCGCCGCACGCCACCGGGUCGCACAUAUGCGGCGCGGGUAACGGCGGUCACAUCGUGGUGUUCCUCAAGCCCGGGGCGAGCGUGCAGGCGAUGUCGAGGGCGGUGAGCGGGUGCGCCGAGGCUCCCGACGCCAGGGUGGUUCGCGUCGCGAUGAUGCUCGACGGGGGCGGCGGGGGCGACGGGGGCGGGUCGGGGACUGGCGGUGGCGUCGCGAGGGGCGGUGAUGGUGUCGAUGGCGUGGCGGACGGGGGUGGUAAGCGUCGUAGGGUCGCGUGA